UGUCUUCAGGGUUGCUGAAAAGGCCUGGGAAUUCCUUGAAACUAGAGUUCCUCGGUUCCUCGUUUCUGUCAUAUGCUCCUGGAAACAGAGUAAAACAACUAAGGAAAUUAGCCAUUCCCCAAAACACCUGAAAAAGAACUGAAAUCUGCAAACAAUGUCACAGGGGAGCAAAGAAAGAGGAAGAAAGAGAAAGAGGGAGUGGAGAAGGAGGAAUCUCACCAAUUGGCUCUUAUGAGACAAUGCUUGCUGUGAUAUUAUAAAGACCCAAUUACCGACCCAAAAGAUUCUACCUCUUUUCAAGACCUCAGCCAAUUACGAGCUACCAACUACUUAUAUCUAAGUUUUCUGAUAUUGAUGCUUCCGACGCCAGUUAGCAUGGAUACCACAGAGUUCCGAAAGAGGGGGAAAGAGAUGGUGGACUACAUUGCGGAUUACUUUGAGCAGUUAGAUAAGAGGCAGGUCUAUCCUGAUGUGGAACCGGGAUACCUGAGACCCCUCAUUCCAGACUCUGCACCUCAGGAACCUGAGAGUUUUGAGGAUGUCCUUAAAGAUGUUGAAAGGAUAAUUAUGCCAGGGGUGACCCACUGGCACAGUCCAUACUUUUUUGCCUACUUUCCUACAGCCAGUUCCUUCCCAGCUCUUCUUGCUGAUAUAUUGUCUGGUGGCAUAGGAUGCAUUGGCUUCUCCUGGGCUGCAAGUCCUGCUUGCACAGAGCUGGAGACAGUCAUGCUGGAUUGGCUGGGAAAGAUGAUUAAUUUGCCUGAAGAGUUUUUAGCUGGGAAGGACGGAGAAGGUGGAGGAGUCAUUCAGGGCAGUGCCAGCGAGGCUACUUUGGUUACAUUGCUUGCUGCAAGAACAAAAACAAUCAGAAGUGUCCAAUCAGAAAACCCAGAAUUAACAGAGGCAGACAUCAUGAGCAAGUUGGUGGCCUAUGCAUCUGAUCAGGCCCACUCAUCAGUGGAAAGGGCAGGAUUAAUUGGUGGAGUGAAGAUUAAAAAUAUCCCUUCAGAUGAUAAAUUCACUGUUCGCGGAUCAGCCCUAAAGAAAGUUUUGCAUGAAGACAGAGCUGCUGGUCUUAUCCCAUUCUUUUUUUGUGCAACACUCGGAACCACACCUUGUUGCUCCUUUGACAGACUGUUAGAACUGGGUCCUAUUUGCAAUAAGGAGAAUAUCUGGAUGCAUAUUGAUGCAGCAUAUGCAGGGAGUGCUUUCAUCUGCCCUGAAUUCCGACAUCUUCUAAAUGGCGUGGAGUUUGCAGAUUCAUUUAACUUUAACCCUCACAAAUGGCUCCUAGUGAAUUUUGACUGCUCUGCUAUGUGGGUGAAGAAGAGAUCAGACUUAACAAAUGCCUUUAAAUUAGAUCCUCUUUACCUGCAGCAUUGUCAUCAGGAAUCUGGGCUUGUUACAGAUUACAGGCACUGGCAGAUCCCUCUCGGCCGAAGGUUUCGUUCCCUGAAAAUGUGGUUUGUGUUUAGAAUGUAUGGAGUCAAGGGACUACAGGAGUACAUCCGUAAGCAUGUAAAACUGUCACAUGAAUUUGAAAACCUGGUACUUCAGGAUAAACGAUUUGAGAUCUGUGCUGAGGUCACACUGGGACUGGUGUGCUUCCGACUAAAGGGCUCCAAUGAACUGAAUGAGGCCCUUCUUAAAAGCAUAAAUGAUGCCAGGAAGAUCCAUCUGGUUCCAUGUCACCUGAGAGAGAAGUUUGUGCUACGUUUUGCCAUUUGUUCCCGCACAGUGGAGUCUGUCCAUAUCCAAUUUGCCUGGAAGCACAUCUCAAAGCUAGCAACUGACCUUCUGAAAGCACAGGACAAGCAGCAGCAGUGAGGAAUGGGAGUGGGGUAAGGAGUGUUAAUUGAUUUUCUCCAUGCUGCCAAGUUUUCUUUUGUGGGAGGGGGAAUUAUGAGGGGGGAAAUAUAGCUAUUGAUAUUAUAUGGCCCAGCUACACUACCAAAAUGACUGUCAGCAAAUUGUGGUGUAACAUGGUCUCCUGAUUGCAUUAUACCAUGAUUAUGGUCCUGUAAAAAUCAGGGCUGUAAGGAGUUCUAUAAAUGGUUUUAACACUGUUUGUUCUUGCCUGUGUAGACAGGACCAAAUUAUCUUAUUAUAAGACAGUUGGAGCACUAUCCGGGUCUAUUUGUUAUCAUGGUAGUUUUGCAAGUGGCCCUUGAAGACAUCUGCUUUCCUAGGUGGCAGAGCCAGUGGUAAGAAAGGAAUUAGAGGAACUCUAAUAGCUCCUAAUGUAACAAUUUUCUAUAUAGAUUCCUCUACCUUCCCUUAAAAAGGGUUAGCUUUGGAGGCAACCAUCCUCUUAAAAUGCAAUGUUCUACAUAUUGCUAAUUCUAUUUGCCUACAUAGGUACAGUAACUCCUCACUUAAUGUUGUAGUUAUGGUCCUGAAAAAUGCAACUUUAAGCGAAACGAUGUUAAGCGAAUCCAAUUUCCCCAUAAGAAUUAAUGUAAAUGGGGGGGUUAGGUUCCAGGGAAAUUUUUUUCACCAGACAAAAGACUAAUUAUAUAUACACACACACAUACACACACACACAGUAUAAGUUUUAAACAAACAAUUUAAUACUGGUACACAGUGAUGAUGAUUGUGAAGCUUGGUUGAGGUGGAGGAAUUAGAGGGUGGGAUAUUUUCCAGGGAAUGCCUCACUGCUAAAUGAACUAGUAAUUGACUGAGCCCUCAAGGGUUAACUCUCACACUCUAUGAGGCAGCAGGAAAGGAGGGAGGGCAGACAGAGACACACACCCUGUGUGUGAGAGAAAAAAUGCGCAUUUCCCCUUUAAGUAGCUGACCCCAGGCUUAAGUACACUGCCCUGUUAAUUAAAUCAGCUUGCUGAGACCUCCUGAGAGACCACAGCUACUACAUAGAAGCUCCCUCCAUAGUGUGUGUCCCCUCCCCCCCAUGGAAGAUGGGGUAAGCGGGGUGCAGGAGUAGGGAGGAGGGGGAGACACCCUGACAUUAGCCCUUCUCUUCGCCCCUCCCCCUGUACAGCAAGCGGGAGUAUCUGGGCAGAGGGCAGGAGCAGUACAUGGCAGUGAGGGGAGGUACACAGCUGAACUGCAGGCAGCUGCUGCACAGGGAACUUAGGGGAGUGGGAAGCUGAUAGGGAGGGCUGCCAGUCCACCCUGGUUCCAACCACCCACCAGCUAGCUGCAACGGGGUGCUCUUCCUGCAAGCAGUGGAUAAAACAGGCGGCUGCCAAAGGACGUUAGAAGGGAGCAUUUCACAACUUUAAACGAGCAUGUUCCCUAAUUGAUCAGCAACUUAACAUCGAAACACCGUUCACCUGGACGACUUUACGUGAGGAUUUAUUAUACUUCUAUGGCCUAUAUCAGUGUAGUAUCUGACUGCCUAACUGGUGCUGCAAGUAAGUAGGGAACUAGAAACACUUUUUAACUGAGGAAUAUGCACAUUUUAUUUGGAUUUGACUUCAAUAAUAAAAUGUUUAUAGACCUGAUGUCACUGGAAUGUAGUGCUGGCCUUUUGGCAGGUAGAAGAACCAACUCAAAGCUUUAAAUAGUGAAAACAAUAGGUAUUUAACUUUAAAGGGGUUUGUUCUCCUGACUACCUGAACAGGGCAAGGGAAGAAUAGACUGUUUCCUCACUCCCACCCACCCUCCCCACACACCACCACUUCCCACAGUGUAAUUCUUUGAACAUUUAAGAAUCCACUCCGCUUAGAUGAAAAAUUGACCUAAAUCCAGAAACCACUGCUCAGUCCAACUAGCUGGAUGGGGUGCUGGGAAGAAGCAGGAGUGGAGGAACCCACGCUGCUCCCCUGAGCUGAAGUAUGCUCUAUAAAAAGAAGAACAGGAGUACUUGUGGCACCUUAGAGACUAACAAAUUUAUUAGAGCAUAAGCUUUCGUGGACUACAGCCCACUUCUUCGGAAUGCUCUAAUAAAUUUGUUAGUCUCUAAGGUGCCACAAGUACUCCUGUUCUUCUUUUUGUGGAUACAGACUAACACGGCUGUUACUCUGAAACUUGUCAGUAUGCUCUAUGUAUCCUUACAUCCCCUGUGCCCUGUCUGGGAAGGGAGAACAGGAGAAUCUGCACAGCCUGAUAUCAUUUGGCCCUUUCCCCAGGCACCCCAUUCCCUGCUCUCUUUUACUCCUUGGGGUACAUAUCCCCUCCACAACCUUCCUACUUCCUCCCAGUACCAGGAUCUGCUGCCAAUAAUCCUACAGUGGUUGUGCUUUAAAUGUUUCUGUUGAUUUGAUAGACUUUACAUUGAGAGACAUUUCCUACAAAUUGGUAGAAAUGUUUUAAGUGUGAGUGAUGUAUUAUAAUUAAUUUACAUUUAAAUGAUUUUCAAAAAAUCAUUAACUGUUAACAUCUCAGAAUAUUGAACAGCAAAAUUAUUAAAGUACGAAUUUACUUUAUAUAAUUUCUACCAUUUGAGUACGUUUGUAAUUUCCCAGACUGGACCAUGAAAAUAGUCUGGUCAGUUUUGUUCUCAUAUUCUCAUGUACCAGCACAAUGCUACUGUUCUGGGAUUUCUAACAUACCAAGUACAUGCUUUAUAACCAAUGCUACUUUCUUUCAUUAAAAGAAAAAAAUUAAAUCUUGAAAACAGAUGUUAGGUUUACACAUAUUUAAAAACAGAAAAAGUAAAGAUUAUACUGGAGCCUAACUUACGUAAAUCUAUAUCAUACUUACAGCAAUGUAAGUCUCAAAAAUUCAUUUGCUCUGAAGCCACAUAAAAUAACAUUAAUUACUAUGGUCUCUUUGAGGCAUUGUUCAUCAUAUAAAUUAUUAUUAAUGAUUAAAAGGGGAUUGGGCUGUCUUUGAAUUAUAUUUUAUGUUGAAUUAAAAAAAAUCAGUCUACUCUAUAGUGAUACAUCUUGAAAUAUUGUGUAAGGAUUUCAUCUGUAAUUGUAAUCUGUGCACUACCUGAUACUUUUCAUGAAAUCACCAGAUUCCCUCUGUAUUUCUAAAUUCUUUUCUGAGGAAAUGAUUUAUUUGAAGAAUAAUCUGUAAACUAUGUUGUGUGACAUGAUGCUAUGUGGUCUUUAAAGCUGCUAAUUUAUGUGGUGUAAUGUGUAACAAACCUCUUUGACAUAAUACCACUGUAAUUGUGACUGUAAAAUGUUGCUCCUGUUCCCACAUUAGUCAAAGAUGAUUUAUUGUUGCAUCACUGUCCGUUUUUGUUCCACACACGGUAACUGUGGAGUAUGAAAUAUUACUUUCAGAAAUGUAAACCAUAAAUAUAAUUCAAGGUCCAUGUUGAAAAUAUGUGCCUACGAUUCCGAUAAACCCACAGAAUAAAAUAAAUGUGCAGUUCAAGCACUCCUUCAUUAUGUUACCCUAUAAAACUUAGAUAUUGCAGGGGAUGGGCCCCAGGACCACUGAUCUUAUUAAGACUCUUAUUUAAAAUAUGAAUUCCAGACUGCCAUUUCUGGGGUAAACUAAAAGAAUAAAUGGAUAUCAAAGGAGCUAGAAUUCCCUGGAUCUGGAUGUUUAAAAAAAAAACUGAUUUCAAAUGCAACAAAGAAAAGGAAGAUGUGGUAAAUCAGUCUGAAAACCCAGGCAACAUUCAGGCAGGUGACUGAGCCACUGUGCAAAACACUGCUCUUGGCUACUCUAUUAUAAAUUCAGAGUAACUUCAUUGAGUUCAAGUGAAAUUAUAAGGGUAUAUAAGCACAGAAUGUGGUGCUCUGUAUAUAGAUGAUCAACAGACUGAGUGAAGCUGAGGAUUUUAGAUGUCAUAUUGUUCCUCUUAAGUGUUUGCUUAAAAAAAUACAUUAUUCUGGUCUCAAAACAAAGGAAGCUGCUUUGUCUUCUGGCUUCCUAGCCAAUAAGUCUCCCAUACUGAAAUAAUUUUUACAAACUUCACAUUAGAAAACACUUGUGUCUGGUAACCAGAGAAGAAUUACAGCUCCUCCACCAGAUGGACCAAUAUUUUUGUGCAGUAAGUAGAUAAACAGCUCUGUGCAGGACAAGACAAGUCAGAUUAUAAUGUUGGGUAGGGUAGGGUAAAUCGAAGAUAAUUCCACAGAAAUCAGUGGCGUUGCCUGGAUUUACUACUGUAACUGAAAUUAAAACCUGUCUCAAAGUAACUGAAUGGGAAAUGCAUAAUAAUGAGUUUUUACUAGACCGGGUCGGAAAAUUUCUGACAAAAUGAAAUUUCAUUGAGAAACAAAUACAUUUUCACCAAAAAGUUGUUUUCAUGCAGCUCUAAUCCAAACACUAAGUAAUCAUUUUGAAAAAAGUAUAGCCAUUUUUAUAACUGAAAUAUUCUAAAUGUAGUAAAAAUAUUUUUUAAAAAAUAAUAAAAGAUUUUGCUCCAAUUGCUUUUUUUAAAACAAGGAAUGAAAGGUCUGUAGAUUUACAGUGCCCCUGACUUAGCAGCAAGCGGAAAUCUGGGUUUCAUAUUUACUUGUUUCUAAAUUCCAGAGGUGAGGUGACUUGUUAUAAUUCAUAAGGAAAUGGUGAAGGCUUUUUUUCACACCUUCCUGUGCCCUAUUUUGCCUUGGAAGGUAAAGGGUGGGUAGUUAAGGGAGGUAUAAUUGUUGCCUUGAAGUGUUGACUUUACUUUAUUGGAAAAAAAAUCGGUAAUCAAUUCAAGAACAAAAGCAUCAUUUGUGAAAACUAGGUGAUUAGAAGAAACACCAUAACCAUGGUGUUCCUCUUAUGCAGCUAUAAAAUCUAUUCGUGGGUGAAAUGGCUUCUGGAAACCAAAGUUAGGUCAAUGCGUGAACCCAGAUCCAUUGUGCCUUUUGUUCACAAGCUGACACAAUCUGUGGUGAUUCAUGUUGUUUAACAUUGAUGAUGACUAUGAAGCCUAGUAAGAGCACUUUAGCAGAAUAUCCAAAUUCCACAGGAUAUAAUGUAGUUGCUAGAUGAGGGGAAAAAUAAAAUUAAUCGGGCAAUUUUGAAUAACUUUGCAGAUUUUUCUUAGCUAGUACAAUAUGUACAUUCUUACUGUGAUAGUAGAUUAAAAUAUAUUUAAUUACUGAUUAUAAUAUAUUCUAAGACACUGAUUAUUGCUAAUAUGUAAUACAUUUGUCUGCAUUAAAAUUAUUACAGUUCUACUGUUUCCCUCUUGCCUUCUAGUACUGGAUUCUGUUCAUCAGUUAUUUUACUUUGUUGUAAACUGCAAAGGUACCAUAUUCUGUGAGUGCUAUCAAUAUUACUCUUCCCCCCCCCCCCAUCCCACCAGUUUGUCUUCUAUAACUGUGUUCUAAACCAGCUAGACACCCUUACACUUGAAAUGCUCAAGGACAGGAGCUAAAACAUACAAGUGAGAACAAAAAAGUUGAAAAAUUGAAGGUGUGGGGGGGGGGGAAAUCUCACUAGAAUAACAUAAAUGAUGGUUAGUGCCUAACUUGAAUACCUGGAGUCGCUUGACUUUGGCUGGAAAAUGUUUAGAUUCUCUGUGUCUUUUUGUUGUAUGUUGUGUGGAUAGAAAGCCUCUUUUACUUGAAAUCUGUAUCCAAAGCCUGUUAACCAAACAUUAAUAAACAAAAAUGAAGCCAU